UAAAUUGAUUAAUAAUUCUUUUGCUCGAGGAGGUGAAAAUUGGCUGUUUCGAGAGAAUGCAGCUGCUAAGGUGUCUGGCUGUAAGCUGUUUUGAAUUAAUUAUAUUCAUUUGACAAGUUGAUUUUUGGUCUAUAUUUGGAUGUUGUGGUUGGGUUCGAGUGCUUCUGCCAUCUUAUUGUUGUUUUGACAACAUUAUAUUGUUUGGUUGUUAUUCAUAUUUGUUCAUUAAGGCUGUUUUCUUAUUGAUGUUUUAAACUCUAGAUGAGAAAGAUGGCUAUACAAAACUGUCCUCAUAGUAAGCAGUGGAACUAGAAUUUAAGAAAGAUGAAAGUAUAUAUUUUUAUGGGGGUGAAAAAUAUGUAUUUUAUACAAACUAAGUCUCAAAUUAAAGGAUACAAUUAAAAAGUUUCAAAAUACUAAGAAUAAAUUGUGAACUUCCUAAAAAACUGGGGGUGCCAUGGAACCCUCAUUGAUACACGGAGUUCCGCCCCCUGCUCAUAUUUGUGAUUUGUCACCCGUCCCGUGUCUAUUGAAAGGAGAUUUUGGACCUGUUUCCCACUUCGGGAGAGCUAGCUGUGGCUCUCUUUUUCAUAUGUGGCAUUGUGGGUCAGAUUUGGGUAUGCAAUGGUGUUUCUAUUAUGGUGCAGCUGGAAUGCUCUGGACUGGGGAAACACCAGAAGCUAAAGCGGUUGAGGAAAACAUGGCAACCUACUUCAAUAAGCUCCAGGGUUUGCUUCUGCUUUCUCAUGGAAGUAUGGUAGGUGCAGGACCUACUCUUGCAUCUGCUAUCCAUUCAUCCAUUAAGCAAGUUGUUGAAUGCAGUUUUAAGUUGAUGAUGGAAACUGUCUCCUCAUUUGCAGGAUCUCGAAAUAAAGACCUCAAACCUUUAGUCCCACAAUUAGUUGGUGCAGUAUGGGAAGCAUGCACUGCUCUUAAGAAGACUCCUGCUUCAAAUAUCACAGCAAUUGGGCGAGCAAUGACACAGGUUGCAGUUUCAGUGAAGGAUGUUCUUCGAGAGAUGGAGGAGCUCAAGCCAGUAUCCUCCAAUCAGACAAAAGAAGCUUCUGAUGAUGACGCUUCUCAUGCAGAAACUAGACUCGGUGACAAUGAUAGUCUGAGUGAUGACCUAGGCAAUGACCUGUCACCUGAAGAGAUGAAAGUUGCUCAAUCAGCAAUUGGGGUUGUGUCUGAGACAGUUGUAGUCAUAAAAGAACUUAUCCGCACCAUCACUGGUUUGCUUAAGCAAGAAAAGCCUGAAGACAGCGGCAAUUUUGUGGACACUCUGGAGAAGUUAUUGAAGCUGUGCCAAGAGAUUGGAGUGCAGAUUGAUGAGCUUGGGGCCUGUCUUUAUCCCCCGCAAGAAUUUCCAGCUAUGAAGGCAGCCUUCGAGAAAAUUUCUAGUGCUAUUGACAAAGUGCAGACAGAGAUAGAAAGUUUGACAAGCUCUUCAGAAGCUGUUUUCCAGGCAUGCAAUGAUUUGAAAAGGUCAUUGAAACAAAUGGAAGCUACACUGGGUUGCUGUAGUACUAGUGAUAUAGAAUUCAUAAUGCAGAAUGUCGCUCUAAGCUGUCAAGAGGGAUGGGGGAACUCGCUCAGAGUUUGUUUCUGAACUAGACUUGUCCAACACGAUGUUUGUAAUAUGCAAAUCGAACAUUAUAAAUAUCUUAAUGGACAACAAAGGCAUUGAAAACCGCAGUUGUUACUAACUUUACUUUUGUUGCUCAAGCAAUCGUGUAUAUGCAUCCCAAGAUGAUAAAACUUGAUAAUUUAUAUUUAGUUUAUCUUUUUAUAUUAGAGUAUAUAGGCAAUUCUUUUC